UACAUCAAUGAUUAAACAAGUUCGUAGAAAUAGUCGAUUAUUAAAUGAUAGAAUAGUAGAAGAAGAACUUGGAGCACCAAUCAAUAUUUAUCAAGAACAUAGAGGUCAUUUAGAACAAGACAAAAAAGCACGUACAGAAUUAGAUAUUCAAAUACUUAAGGAUGAUUUAUAUGAUCCAGUUUUGGAAACACCACAUCAUUCAAAUAAAAAACACAACUUAUUAAGAAAUACAACCAUUGGAAAUUUAGUUUCUUUCCUUCCAUCGAAAUUUUUUGGUAGUUAUGGAAUUAUUACAGAAAGUGGACGAUCUGAUGUAUGGAGUUAUUAUCCUAACGAAAUGUUCACAUCAGGAGUAACGAUGGAUGGGGUUAAAGGUGUAUGUUGUUCAUAA